UGGCUAACAUGUCCAAAUGUGCAAAACCUGCGAUGGGUUUUGCUGUGUUACUAUUGUUGUUGUGCUUCAUGUCUGGUGUUAUGGCGGCAGAGAAGUACAAGGAUCCCAAGCAGCCUGUGGGUGAAAGAAUCAAGGAUUUGAUGAAGAGGAUGACCCUUGAGGAGAAGAUUGGGCAGAUGACUCAGAUUGAGAGGAAAGUUUCAACACCUGAUGUUAUUAACCAGUACUUCAUAGGGAGUGUAGUGAGUGGUGGAGGGAGUUGGCCAGCACCUAAGGCCUCAGUUGAGGAUUGGGUUAACAUGUUUAACGAGUUUCAGAGAGGUGCUCUUUCGACCCGCCUCGGGAUUCCCAUCAUUUAUGGAAUUGAUGCAGUUCAUGGCAACAAUAAUGUUUAUAAGGCUACCAUCUUCCCCCACAAUGUUGGGCUUGGUGUCACCAGAGAUCCAGAGCUUGUGAAAAGGAUUGGAGCUGCAACUGCCCUAGAAGUUAGAGCUACAGGAGUAAAUUAUGCUUUUGCUCCCUGCAUUGCAGUGUGCAGAGAUCCUAGAUGGGGCCGAUGUUACGAAAGCUACAGCGAAGAUCACAAAAUUGUGCAAAUGAUGACUGAGAUCAUACCUGGUUUACAAGGAGACCCCCCAGCAAAUUCUCAGGGUGUUCCCUUUGUUGCUGCAGAUAAGACAAAAGUUGUGGGGUGUGCCAAGCAUUUCGUCGGGGAUGGUGGCACGGUUAAUGGCACGGACGAGAGCAACACGAUAAUCGACAUAAAUGGUCUGCUCAGCAUUCAUAUGCCUGCAUACUAUGAUUCAAUCAGGAAAGGUGUAGCAACUGUUAUGGUUUCCUACUCGAGCUGGAACGGCAAGAAGAUGCACGCUCACCGCGAACUCCUUACCGGAUUCCUCAAGCGCAAACUCAAGUUCAAGGGAUUUGUCAUUUCAGAUUGGGAGGGCAUUGACAGGAUAACUGACCCACCUCAUGCCAAUUACACUUACUCAGUUCAAGCUGGAGUUCUUGCAGGAAUUGACAUGGUAAUGGUGCCAAUAAACUAUACAGAUUUUAUUGGUGAUUUAACUUCUCUGGUGAAGAAAAAGGUUAUCCCAAUGAGUAGGAUUGAUGAUGCAGUGAAGAGAAUAUUAAGGGUUAAGUUUAUGAUGGGUCUUUUUGAGAACCCAAUGGCAGAUAUGAGCUUGGCAAGCCAACUUGGUAGCCAGGAACAUAGAGAAUUGGCAAGGGAAGCAGUGAGGAAAUCACUUGUUCUUCUAAAGAAUGGGAAAAGUGAUGAUAAUCAGCCAUUACUGCCACUUCCCAAGAAAGCAGCAAAGAUACUUGUGGCAGGAACUCAUGCACACAAUUUGGGCUACCAAUGUGGAGGCUGGACCAUUGAGUGGCAGGGUGCUGGUGGCAAUGAUCUUACACUAGGAACCACCAUUUUAACUGCGGUGAAAAACACAAUUGAUCCAUCCACACAAGUUGUUUACCAAGAAAAUCCCGGACCGGACAUCCUCAACUCCAACAACUUCUCCUACGCCAUCGUUGUGGUGGGCGAGACCCCAUACACAGAGAUGUUCGGAGACAGCGCAAACCUCACUAUUCUCGAACCCGGCGGCGACAUCAUCAACAACGUCUGCGCCGCCGUCAAAUGCGCCGUGGUCGUCAUCUCCGGCCGGCCAGUCGCCCUGGAACAAUACAUUUCAAAAAUAGAUGCCCUAAUUGCCGCUUGGCUCCCCGGAAGUGAAGGCCAGGGCGUCGCCGACGCUUUGUUCGGCGACUAUGGAUUCACCGGAAAACUUGCCCGGACUUGGUUCAAGUCGGUCGAUCAACUUCCGAUGAACGUGGGGGACCCGCAUUAUGAUCCCCUGUUUCCGUUUGGAUUUGGGAUAACGACAGAAGCGGAGAAAGGGGAAAUCACUCAAAUCAGUAUAGAAUCAAGAGGAUAUUCUGCAAUAUGA